CCCGCUAUGUUUACAGAAGCCUCGUCAUUCUGAAAUAUCCGGUUUUUUUUUCCGGCUGCAACCACUUUCUCCCCCUCGGCUGCAACCACUUUUUCCUCCCCGGUUGCAACCACUUUUUCCUCCCCGGUUGCAACCAAUUUCUGGGACAUAUCCGAUCUGGUCCCCCGCCUAUUUGGGGCCUGGCGCGCGCCUCCAGCCGCACUGAUCAGAAUACGUGCGCAGGUGCAGGCAACACCAACCCAUCAGGCUUGAGGUGUUUUUCUCCACCACGUCACAUGUCCCCAAAUGUCCCACAAAAAAAGCGGGGUCUUGUUUUCUGCAGCCUCCACGGGGGAUUCCACAGAUGGGCCUUCUUCCGGUGCCAGUAGGCCGGCGGAUGCAGUCCCGAAAAUGGGACUGAUGAGCAUGUCUAUCCCGAACGAGUAUUCGGAUCUCGAAGAGGACGAUGACGAAGACAUUGAAAAUCCCAGCGACAAAGAAUCCGUCAUCCCAAGCUUUCAUCUGGGAAGCUCAUUUGAGCGGCUCGCACAUGAGCGUAAUGGCAUGCCUUAUCAGCGCAGCCCACGGCAUAAAAAAGAGAGCUCCAUGGUCAGCCAGUAUGGAAUUGGUGCCAAGUUGUUGAUGGGUAUGGGCUACCAGGAGGGAAAGGGACUAGGGUCCAAACAAAACGGCAUUGCUGUGCCCAUCGAAACCAAACUACGACCCCAAGGGCUAGGCGUCGGAGGGAUCCGCGAGAAAAUCAGUGGAGCAAAGCAAAUGGUGAGCUCCGAUGACGACAGUGGUCACGGGGAAGGAACAGUUGCUUUUUCCAAGCCCACAUAUGACCUCUUUUCCGUCAUUGAUUCUCUCGAACGAGCGGGUGUGACUGUUCCACUUCGCUACAAGGAGCUUUCCGACAAUGCAGACGCAAACCGGGAUGCCUUGGAGUUGGAAAAGGCACACACAAGACUCUCACAGAUCAGCACAGAGGUGGCGCUUCUUGAUCUGAAAAUCCGAGGUGUGCAAUUGGAACUCGAUCACAAUGCUCGCUCGCUAGAAGCCGAGAUUCUCGAGAAAUCCACUUUGGAGACUUUAAUCAGCAAGCUCAGCAUUCUGCGUGAGAGUAUCUCGGACACACAUGCUUUGCUAACAGAACUUACAAAAGAUCCUCUCCGUUCUGUUCCAGAGGUACAAAAUAUCUUUGUUGCAUACGCAAAGACUCAGGUGGCAGAAUUAUUCUCUUCAAAUGACGCGCACCUGCUUGAGCAGUUGCUGACAUGGGCUGUGCUUUUCAGAAGUUUAGAAACAGAGCAUGCGUCCUCGGCUCUCAAUAGUUGGGAUGCGCUUAUUUUGCAGCUUCUCAAAGAAAACUCUGAUAACUCGAAUAUCUCGGCGCACGAUUUUAAGUUUUGGUUAGACUCACCUGUGAUAAUCAACUCCCCGCUCCUUGAGCAAAUUGGACUCGUUGACUUUGUUAUGCCCUCCUUAUUGAAGACUGUAGAGAGCUGGGAUCUAAAGACGGGUUUUGAGAGCACGAUAUUGGAGGAUCUUUCUGACUUUGACUGGGAUGACGCUCAACGCCGUCAAAUCGUGGAAGCUGUUGCCAUGAAAUACGAGGCUCAUCUUUCUCGCUGUUGGCUAGAAAUGGCUAAGACACAUGAUUACGUUUGGAGCUGGGACCACUACGACCAGGAAAUGAAACCUAUUCUUGAGCACUUUUUUUCGACUGGCGUUGUUCUUAUUGCUCAAUAUCACGCUAAAAAAGCACAUGAUUUGAGAAAUCAAGUGAUUUUAGACUUGUUGCACUUUUGCCAAAGCCAGACGAGUAACACAUGUGAUAUUUUGGAACUUGAUCUACUCGUGACAUUUAAAGAUGUCAUUCAACAAAUUUGCCUACAACACAAUGUGCUUUUUCAGGUGACAGGUCGCCGGAAUUCGAGUAUGAAUGAAAUUUGUGAACUUGUUUUCCCUGAUGGAAAGAAGUACUCAUGUUUCAUAUCAAAUGAUGUGCUUUGGGUGCGCGAGUCGGCUGAAUUUAAUCCAGUUGAUGCACACGAGUUCUUUGGAAAUAAUUGCUUGUAGGUGACAUUGCCUCACUCAAUGGAAGGAGUUUUAUUUUCGAGAGAGAAAAAGACACAGGCGUUCUUAAUACAGAAUUGUAGCCAUGCUCGUAUGAUUUAGAAAACCCACAAGGUUUUUUAAGCAAAAAAUAUCUCGGGAUCUGGAAGAAGCUCAUUUUAUU